CAGCCGCAGCGAACAAUCGGCUCUCAGUUAUUUAUUCGUGCAGCUCGCAGCGUCGGUCCGCUCAGUCUGCUGCUGGCCGCCGGUGCGCUCACACACACACGCACACACACGCAUUACGCUACGUUACGUUUCAUCGAGGAAAGCGGAGGAAAAGGAACUUGUGGACAUUGUUGAGCUGAGCGCGGACUACUUUGGAGAUCACGCCGUCGUUUCCCGUUUCUCGUGCGAUGAGACGAUCGCUUGGUUUGUGACGUGCCCUUAAACUGCCACCUCUAGGCUGCUUCUUCUUGCCCAUUUCCCACUGAUUGACAUGAGAACCGCUGAAGGCUCAUCUGGAACGGUCCUGCACCGUCUCAUCCAAGAGCAGCUCCGCUACGGCAACCUGACGGACACGCGUACGCUCCUGGCUAUCCAGCAGCAGGCUUUGCGUGGAGGCAGUAGCGGCGGCGGGGGUACCGGCAGUCCUCGCUCCUCUCUGGAGAGCUUGACUCAGGAGGAGCCCCAGUACAUGCAGAUGUCCACACGCCAGGAGCCCCAGGGCCAGGAGCACCAGGGGGACUGCUUGCACACCGAGAGUCAGGUCUGCCGCCUGUACCAGCUUCAUGGAGAGGAGCUGCCCACGUACGAGGAGGCGAAGGCUCACUCCCAGUACCUGAUCUCCCAGAAGGGGCAGGAGGUUCCCGCCGUGGACAUCAUGGGGAGUUGCGGCGAGGGGCAUUGGGAUUUGAAAAGGGAGCACGCUCGCUCCCUCAGCGAGAGGCUCAUGCAGCUCUCUCUGGAGAGGAACGGCCUCAGAGACAGUCUGGCCAUGAGCUCUUCAAGCAGCUAUCCACAGCUGCAUGACGAAAUGGCCAAUGCCGCGGUGGCCGACAGGCAGGUGGUCCAACAGUGCGUGGACCAGCGCGGGCCGCCCCCGGGCUACCCUCUGUUCGCCAGACUUCCUGGAUACAUGCUCAGCCACUCCCAGGAGCACGGGCAGUACUACAGAGACCCUCCCCCCCCCUUCUACUCCCACCAGCAUCACAGCAGGUACCCGUCGGCUCAGUCCCAGGGAGCCCCUAACGGCAUCGUCGCAGCCCCCGGCAACGGCAUGGCUCAGGCCGACGUGUUGGUCCGGGAGAAUGAGCGGCUCAGGAAGGAGCUGGAGGCCCACGCUGAGAAGGCGGCCAGGCUGCAGAAGUUGGAGCUGGAGAUCCAAAGGAUAUCUGAAGCGUAUGAGACUCUGAUGAAAGGCUCUGCCAAGCGGGAGACUCUGGAGAAAACAAUGAGGAAUAAAUUAGAGGCCGAGAUUAAGAGGAUGCACGACUUCAACCGGGAUCUGAGAGAUCAGCUCGACUCAGCCACCAGACAGCGGGCGGCCAGGGAGGCCGAGUGUUCGGACCAGAGACAGCAUGUCUUUGUUAAGCUGCUGGAGCAAAAUGAAGAGCAGCAACAGGAGCGCGAACAACUAGAGAGGCAGAUACAGCAGCUGCGCGUCUCCGGGGAGGACGGCCAGCGGCGACGGGAGCAGCUGGAGCAGGCGCUGGCCUCGACGCAGGCCCGCAACCGGCAGCUGGAGGAGGAGCUGCAGAGGAAGAGGGCCUACGUCGCGAAGGUGGAGCGGCUGCAGAGCGCGCUGGCUCAGCUGCAGGCGGCGUGCGAGAAGAGGGAGGAGCUGGAGAUGCGACUGCGCACGCGACUGGAGCAGGAACUGAAAAGCCUUCGGGCACAGCAGUCUCGGAGACAGGCAGCUGACCCCACGGCUUCAGAACCGAGCUGCUCCACGCUGCAGCAGCAGCUGAGGGAGAAAGAGGAGCGCGUUCUGGCCCUGGAGGCCGACAUCACCAAGUGGGAGCAGAAGUACCUGGAGGAGAGCACCAUGAGGCAGUUUGCAAUGGACGCAGCGGCCACUGCUGCGGCACAGAGAGAUACAACCAUCAUCAAUCACUCGCCUCGACAUUCACCAAACAGCAGUUUCAAUGACGACCUGCCUUUGGCGAGUCAUAGGCAUCAGGAGAUGGAGAACAGGAUUCGCGCGCUUCACGCUCAGCUCCUGGAGAAGGAUGCCGUGAUCAAAGUCAUCCAGCAGCGCUCCAGAUUGGAGCAGGGCAAGUUGGACAAACAGGGGCUUCGUCUCGCCAGGUCCGUUCCCUCUAUCAACACCGUGACCAGCAGCACCGAGAGUAAAGGAAAGAGCCUCUCGGAUGACCAGACAGGCGCCGCUGCGCUGCAGCCCCGGCCCCUCAAGGGGCCCAGGGCUCCGGGCCGAGACUCCAGCACCCAAAGUGACGAGGCCCUGCUGGAGCCUGAGUUCACGGGAGAACCGAUGUCUGAAGGGAUCUCAGCAGCUACAACUGACGCCUCGAAGGAGCCGCUCAAGACAUUCAAGAGCAUCAGCAGCUCAGAGGCAGAGCUGGUUGAAAUCCUCAUUUGAGCAGUUUUCAAGCCGACUCGAACAUGCAGAGUCCAGGAUCUUUGGCGAGGAGAGCUGAGCUUUCCUCGAUUCACAAACUCUGACAUUUGCCGCAAGUCUGAAUUUCCCAAGGUACCUGGACAUAUUCUGCACUGUGAUAGGAACUUUUUUGUUAUCUUUUUUGCAUGUGACUUUGUUUUUUGUUCUAUGUUUUGUAUUUAUAUUUGUAAACGCUGCUCAUAUUGUGAUGUUACUUUGAAUGUUUGAGAGGUGAGAAGAACCAGAAUCACUUGCUUUGCUCCGCUCCACUUAAAUUAUAUAAAGUUAUACUCUCCUAUCUGGAUUAUGUGUGCAACCCUUCUAUGUUUGGUCGGGUUUAUUUUGAAGUUCCAGUAGCGAGCCAGUUACCGUGUCCUCUGAAAGUAAUAUUUCUAAUAUAAGCAUCCUCUGCGUGUCCAUGCCAUGUUUGGGGAUUAUGCUGUGUAACAGAACGACUCAAACCUAAAUUCCCAGUUGCUCUUCUCUUUUAAAAUACAUUCGGGGGCCCUGCUCACGCCUCAGAGGAAGAUUUAGAAACUAUCAAACUCCUUUAAAAAAAACCCUGAGUGGAUUGACUGGCAUUUCACGGGGGUCUAAUUUUUCCAGAUCCCGGGUUAAUGUUCGGGGGCCUCACAUGGCGACUGCCCAGCAUUUCAGCUCCCCUCCGCUGACACGCCGGAGCUAAUCUUCUCACAUUCCCUCGCUGAGGGAAUGCUCCCUUUAAAGAAAAAGGCUAUCUAAAGUCUGACCCCUCGCCCUUGUUAAAAUGGCACGCAUUCUCCACAUGAUUCUCUUUCUAGGUCCGUGUAUUUCGUCUGAGUCGGUGGUAGCUGGUUCUGCCGCGAAACGGUCAACUAUAAUUGGCCUGCAUUUGCUACUCUAUUUGUUGUCCCCAUCACUGCUCAAGUAUCCCACAUAUCUGAGUUGACUGUGUCCUUACCAUGGAAUCUUCUAUUUAUUUCUCCUUGCGCAGUGUCGGAUCACUGAACACUGCUGAAUGUAGACUCCUGUUUCCCCUUUUUGUAUUUAACUGGAAUGUGCCACAACUCAUCUUUGGAGGGGGAAUACCGCUAUUCUAAUAUCUUAUAUUAGAGUUGUCAGGUUCCGUCUAGACAACAUUAUUUACGGGAGUAAUGUUUGAAGUUCCACAAACAGCGCGUGAAAUCUGACAUUUGACUGGUAUUCCCCUUCAAAUGUAUUCUCCACAUUUCCCAUCGCAAUGCGUUUGCUGGUCAAUGCACUGUGACAGUUUAAGUUAAUGUUCCUUCAUUUUUUUCCCAUAUUGAAUUUGGAAUGUGUUUACAUGAAUGGCUAUUUGAAGUGAGAGAAGUUAAUAUAUUUUGUAGUUUUUUUUUUUCAUUCAUAUACUUUAUCCCGUUUGUUUUCUGGUGCCAAAGAUGUACUCUACUUUUAAGUUAUAAUCGAUGACAAAUACAAAAGGGCCUGUUUAGGUGCCUUGCUUCAGCUGGUUGACCCAUUUUGAUGUUGCUGUGAAUUUUUGUAAAGGAAACAUUUGCAUGUAUGCCUUAACAUUUCACUGUAAUAAAUUAAAAUUCUUAAUAUAUGUCUGAUAAAAGGCUUUCUGUUAUGAUUUGUUGCACUGGUUUCAAUACAGUUUGCAUGGGAUUGAUUACAAAAAGCCUUCAAAACGAC